AUGGUGUUUUGGACAUUUAAACAGUAUUGUGAAGCUUUCAAUUAUUGCAAGCCAAUUAUCCUUAUUGAUGGUACCCACCUAUAUGGCAAAUAUCGGGGUACCCUCAUGAUUGCUACAGCAGUUGAUGGCAACAAUUGCAUUCUUCCAAUUGCAUUCGCUAUCGUUUCUGGGGAGAAUACUGACAACUGGUCGUGGUUCUUAGAACUUAUUCGAAUACAUGUUGCGCAAAAACACGAAAUCUGUCUCAUUUCUGAUCGGCAUCCGUGCAUCUUGUCUGCAGUCAACAAUGUUGAUCUAGGAUGGGCUCCACCACAGGCAUACCACGUGCAUUGCCUUCGCCACGUGGUUAGUAAUUUCAAUCACAAGUUCAAGAAUAUUAUGUUGAAGAAGCAGUUGAAGAAGUUAGGAUAUAUAACAUCGCGCUUGGACUUUGAUGCUGGUUUAGAGAAAUUUAAAGAAACAAGCCCGCAAACAGCUGCUUGGAUUAAUCGCAUCUCGAAAGAAAAGUGGAGUAUCGCUUACGAUGAACAAGGAAGAAGGUUUGGCCACAUGACAACAAAUCUGUCAGAGUGUGUUAAUAAAGUUCUAAAAAGGGUGCGAAACCUUCCUAUUACCUCACUUGUGCGUAUUACUUACAGUAGACUAGUGGCAUAUUUUUUGGAGCAUGGAUAA